GCGGCCCGAGCGGGGCUGGGGGCAGGCAGGCUCUCCUAGCCCUCGGUGCCUGCGCCCUGUCCUCUGUCCGACUGUCCCACGCCAUGGCCAAGCUGCUUGUGCUCACCGUCCUGGGGAUAGGAGCGGCCCUCUUCAGGGACCACCGGUCUUCUUACCAAACAAGAUUUAAUGCUUUCCGAGAAGUAAAACCAGUGGAACUUCCUAACUGUAAUUUAGUUAAAGGCAUUGAACAUGGCUCUGAAGACUUGGAGAUACUGACUAAUGGACUGGCUUUCAUUAGCUCUGGAUUAAAAUAUCCUGGAAUAAAGAGUUUUGAACCUGAUAAGCCUGGAAAAAUAUUUCUGAUGGACCUGAAUGAAAAACAUCCAACAGUGUUGGAAUUGGAGAUCACUGGAAGUAACUUUGAUUUAUCUUCAUUUAGCCCUCAUGGGAUUAGCACAUUCACAGAUGAAGAUAAUGCUGUGUACCUGCUGGUGGUGAACCAUCCAAAUUUCAAGACCACAGUAGAGCUGUUUAAAUUUCAAGAAGAAGAAAAAUCACUUUUGCAUCUGAAAACCAUCAGACACAAACUUCUGCCUAAUGUGAAUGAUAUUGUCGCUGUGGGACCCGAGCACUUUUAUGCCACAAAUGAUCACUAUUUUGUCGACCCCUACUUACGCUCCUGGGAGUUAUAUUUGGGUUUAUCUUGGUCAUACGUUGUUUACUAUACUCCAGAUGAAGCUAGAGUGGUGGCAGAAGGAUUUGAUUUUGCUAAUGGAAUCAACGUUUCACCUGAUGGCAAGUAUGUCUAUAUAGCUGAAUUGCUGGCUCAUAAGAUUCAUGUGUAUGAAAAGCAUGCUAAUUGGACUUUAACUCCAUUGAAGUCCCUCGACUUUGACACACUGGUGGAUAACAUAUCCGUGGAUCCUGUGACAGGGGACCUUUGGGUUGGAUGCCAUCCCAACGGCAUGAGAAUCUUCUAUUAUGACUCAGAGAAUCCUCCUGCAUCUGAGGUGCUUCGAGUCCAGAACAUUUUAACAGAAGAACCCAAAGUGACAGUGGUUUACACAGACAGCGGCACAGUGUUGCAAGGCAGCACGGUGGCCUCAGUGUACAAGGGGAAACUGCUGGUUGGCACUGUGUUCCACAAGGCUCUUUACUGUGAGCUCUAACAGGCCAAUUUGCACCCAGGCCAUGGAAACUCUGAGCCCACCAUUUCAACCACUUGCCACAUUCUAAGUGUCUUAGUGAUCUCAGCUGAACAAUGAACGUGGACCCUAAAUUUGGACAUCAUAAGGCAUCAAAGUGCUGUUUAACUGGCUUUUUUGAAGAAUGUGAUAUCAAAUCAGUCUUGGAAUACUUGAAAACUUCAUUUACCAAUAAAAAUCUUUCUCAUUAAAA